CGGACUUAAGGAACGUACGUGUCAGUGUUUAUUUUUUUGUCCGUGGUUUAUGAAAGGAAUUGAUUUAUUUUUGAUCAUACUCCGACAUGUCAAUUAGGUGGUAACAAAAAGCGGAAAACGAAUGUUCAAUUACAUGUUUUCAGUACAUAAAUUUUGCAUUGCAUGGAGGAUAAUUAGCUCCAAAACUGGAAAGCUAACGCCAAGACAUCUGUGGUGGUCAGACAACUGUCACACUGGUCCCGAUGUUGUUUUACAGCCGAACAGACAAAAAGGAGCCACCAACACUCGGGUAACCAAAACGCGCAAAAAGCAAAGAUCUUCAUGUCAACCAGUGCUGGACCAUUUUGACCAGCAGUACAGUCAGGAACUUGGAGCCUUGUGGACACCUGCAAGAGCAGUGCUCCUGGACCCUCACUCCUGGCAAUAUGGGGUCUUGCUCAACCGCUUCACUACAGUGACAAACAUCAAACAGAUUCUCCAAUCACAGGGCUUUUCCACACUGCUGCCUCAAACAGAUGCCUCCACGUUGCUCUGUGAUGCCCCCACAGUGUCCAAUUCUAAAAACCAAGCAGAAAAAUACACUGUUUUGCCACCUCGCUGCAUCUCCAAGUGUCCCUCUGAUGACUCCCACGUCCAGCUUGUUAGCAGCUCUCAUGCACUCAAUCAGCCGCCUCAAUCAGAGCCUUCACUCAGUCUGCCCUGUUCUUCACUACAGUGCUACAUCCACCCAUAUCCACUGCGUUUUCCCUCCCAGGCUCAUAGGCCAGGACAACUGAAGCAGUACUACCUCUUGAAUGCUGCCUCCCUGCUUCCAGUGCUGGCGCUACAAGUCAGAGAUGGGGAGAAGGUUUUGGAUCUGUGCUCUGCCCCUGGGGGCAAAGCCUUAGCCAUAAUGCAGUGUGCUACCCCAGCAUUUCUCUGCUGUAAUGAACCAGAUCCUCACAGACGGGACUGGCUGGCUAAAACCCUGGAGUCUUUUCUGCCUCACUCAUUAAAUAGCCAAGUGAUUGUGUCUGCACAGGAUGGACGGUCUUUUGGGCAAAGCGAAGCGGGAGCAUAUGAUAAGGUCUUAGUCGAUGCUCCGUGUUCUAACGACAGGAGCUGGCUGUAUUCUUCCAGUGGCCAGCAGGGGGAACAGAGACUGAAGGAAAGAGCCAGGCUGCCUGUGCUCCAGGCUCAAUUACUCAGGUCUGCGCUGUCAGCGGUGCGUCCAGGGGGCAUUGUGGUUUAUUCAACUUGCACACUGUCGAGCUCUGAGAACUAUGCUGUGGUUGAGACGGUGCUGAAUGACUGUCCUGAAGCUGAACCUGAAGACCUGUGGGAGGAGAUUGCUGUUCCUUUAUCAAACUGCUUCACAUUUAGUCCAGCUCACCAUGGUCAUGAACAGACACCUCACAAGCCAUCCCUGCAGCCACAGUAUGGUACCGUGUCCUCUUACCACCACAGACUUGGCAUUCUAGUGGUUCCUCAGCCUCACAAGACUUGGGGACCCAUGUUUUUGUCUCGGAUUAGAAGGAGGAAAUAGUGUGUAUCUUUCCUGAGCAGAAAAGAUGUGUGAAAGCAAAUGGUUACACUUCCACAUUUCAUAUGUACAACUUUUGUUUGUUUGUUUUUUAGAUGCAAAAUACCUCACUCAACUUGCGUUUAACUCUCACAAACCCACUCAUUUGUCGCAGAGUCUCCACAGUGCCAUCCUGUGCCAUCUAUAGGACAAGAAAGAAACAAAAGCAGCAGUUUAGACCUACUGUUGUAUACAUGUCAGUGUCACCAGCUACAGUAAAAAAAUAGUAAUAAUUAUUGCUGGUUUUACACUUGAGCCACCUGCAGUAAAUGAGUGUUAAAGCUUUUCUUGUUAAAAGCUGCUGUUUACUUUUUAUAGAAGGAGAUUUUACUGACAACACAUUUACUACCUGUUGGCUAACAACAUAAAACAAUAUAUAAAAAGAAUAACAAUCACAUUCACACUAAACUCCAGUGAUCUGCAUCAAAAGCAGACCUCAGACCUUCUUUUCACCCCUUUUUUAUUUAUUUUACUGUAUUUAUUGGUUAUAACCCUUCCUUCCCUCUCUCCCUAAGGUAUCAAGAAGGGGAGACCUCAAAAACCGAGGAUACAAUAUGACACUCAGAGAGGUGUGAACUCUCUACCUUCCCCCAAAAAUAUGCUCCACCCAAGAAAAUUCUUACAUGUUGCCGGUUUAAACUGUAAAAUAUAAAGCCUACAAACACACACUCACCUUAAGAUAUUAAUACUGCAGUUGUAACACUCAUUGCCUGCAGGUGGCACACGUAAAAAUUGCAGAGGCUGUUGCUUGCAUGCCCUCAUCUACAGGCAUCAUCUGCUACUGUUGUUACUUUUCUUUCCUAUAGAUGGUAAGGUUAAAAAUGAAUCACCAUUUAUCCUGUAAGAACUGAGUAUGAGUUUUCUAAAUACUUGUCGGAGUGAUAGAGAAUGAGAUAUUGCUACACUCAACACCAUAGAAGCUGAUAUUCAGAAUCUCCAUCUUCCAAGCUUUUAGUGCAUUAAUUAAAUUUUUAUGACCUGUUGAAUUAA